AUGGAGGGCGGAGAAAUUGAAAAGUUGCUCAAGGUAUGGGUUUGGGUCUUCAUCUCCCUAUUCUACUCUUAUCUCAUCCCUAAAUCCAUCCCCAAAGGACCCAAACGCCUAGUUUCCAUCCUCCCCGUCGUCGCUCUCUUCCUCUACUUGCCCCUCAACCUUUCCUCCGUCCAUCUCGCCGGCCUCACCUCCUUCUUCAUCGCCUGGCUCGCCAAUUUCAAACUCCUCCUCUUUUCCUUUGGCAGAGGCCCCCUGUGUAACCCGCCGCCAUCGUCCCUCCCACUAUUCGUCGCCGUUUCGUGCCUCCCCAUCAAGAUCCAGAUCCAGCAGCCGCCGCCGACUGCAGCUUCAUCCUCCAGAGCGCUCAAUUACACGCUCAAGGCCCUAUGCCUCGCCGUAUUGAUACGCGUAUACGACUACCGGGACCGUUUUCAUCCGAAACUCCUCCUAAUCCUCUACGUCUUCCACAUCUACUUCAUGCUGGAAAUCAUCCUCGCCGCCUCCGCCGCCUCCGCAAGGGCGCUCCUCGGCUUGGAGCUGGAGCCGCAGUUCAACGAGCCCUACCUCUCCACCUCGCUUCAGGACUUUUGGGGGAGGCGCUGGAACCUGACGGUCACACGGAUCCUCCGCCCCUCCGUCUACGACCCGACCCGGGAUUUGUUCACACGGUUCGUGGGGCCCAGGUCGGCUCCGCUGCCAGCUGUGUUCGCCACGUUCGUGGUAUCCGCGUUGAUGCACGAGCUCAUGUUUUAUUACAUGGGCCGAGCGAGGCCCACGUGGGAGACCACCUGCUUCUUCUUGCUCCACGGGGCGGGCGUGACGGCGGAGAUUGCGGUGAAGAAGGCCGUCAAGGACAAGGACAAGGGCGGGAGGUGGUCCUCCUGGUGGGUGGUGUCAGCCUCGAGAGUGCUGACCAUGGGAUUCGUCACUACGACUGCGUGCUGGCUCUUCUUCCCCAAGUUCGUGCAGUGUCAGUUGGAUGCCAAGGCGUUUGAGGAGUACGCGGCGGUGGGCGCGUUCCUCACCAAUGUAAGCCACAGGGUUUCUUAUAUCUAG